AUGCAUUUCACCAGGGCGCUUCUCAAUUCCAAUGCCGCACGGCUAACCCUCUAUACCCGGGCGAACUGCGGGCUUUGCGACACCGCCAAAUUGACCGUAUCGAAACUACAAAAAAGGAAGGCCUUCGACUACGCCGAGGUUGAUAUCAUGGUUCCAGAGCAUAAACAGUGGAAGGAUGUCUACGAGUUCGAUGUUCCGGUCCUACAUGUUCAGCCACCGCGCUCUGACAAGGAGUCGGAGCUUCGAAAGCUGUUUCAUCGGUUUUCCGAGGCUGAAGUAGAGAAGUUGGUGACCGAGGCAGAGCGGUGA